GCAUUAUGUUGACAGUAGAUUAUGACAAUUUAAUUGAAAAGGUAUUCGUUAAAUAUUUAGACAAGAUGGCGAACAGUGGUGGAGGAUCAGGGCCACCUCCGAUGAUGAGACCACCAGCUCCAUUUCCAAUGGCAGGUCCCCCAGGAUUUAUACCGCCCCCGGGGCCAGCUGAUGGAGCUGUGCCUCCUAUGAUGCCACCAACAGCUCCACCUGGUUUUAGUGCUGGAGGAUUUCCACCUAUGAUGCCACCACCAGGUAUUGGCAUGCCACCUUUUCCAGGGCCAGGUAAUCCAAUGGUUGCUAGUGUACAACAGGCAAAUGCUGCAUCCAGCUCACCAGGACAGGUAGAUCAAAAACCAGAAAAGAAAUCACCGUGGACUGAACAUAAAGCCCCAGAUGGAAGAACUUAUUACUAUAACAAUGUAACCAAGCAGUCGAGCUGGGAGAAGCCAAAAGACUUACAGACUGAGACAGAGAUGUUGCUAGCAAGAUGUCCAUGGAAAGAAUAUAAAUCAGAUACAGGGAAGGUUUACUAUCAUAACUCUGUCACCAAGGAAUCCAGGUGGACCAAACCUAAAGAACUGGAGGAAUUAGAAGCAAGCAUCGCAAAGCAAAGGGAACAAGAGAGAGGGGAAUCAGCAGCCAGUGACGCUCCAGCCAGUACGGAGGCCCCUAAACCUGCCAAACCUCUGUCUACAAUAGAACAAGCCAUGCAGGCCACCCUAGCCUCUAUUGAGCUACCACCUCCGCCAAAAGCUGUCACACAACCCAAACCUGUGGAGAAGGAAUCUUCAGAUAGCAGUAGUGAAGAGUCUGAGGAGGAAAAACCAGUACAGAAGAAACCGCCGGUCAACCUGAAGUUCCGUAACAAGAAGGAAGCAAUGGAUGCCUUCAAAUCAUUGUUGAAAGAAAAGAAAGUGCCUUCUAACGCAACCUGGGAGAACGCCAUGAAGUUGAUAGUAAAUGAUCCACGCUACGGGGCAUUGAAACAUCUAAAUGAGAGAAAACAAGCAUUUAAUGAGUACAAGACGCAGCGAGUGAAGGAAGAAAAGGAAGAGGCCAGACUUAGAGCCAAGCAGGCAAAGGAAGAUCUUGAACAGUUCUUGUUACAUCAUGACAAGAUGACCUCUAGUGUUAAAUAUUGGAAAGCUGACAGUUUGUUCUCAGACUAUGAUGAAUGGCAAGCCGUUAAUGACCGGGACAGGAGGGAACUGUUUGAUGAUGUGGUACAUAUGCUUGAAAAACGAGAAAAGGAAGACGCCAAGACUCUGAGAAAGAGAAAUAUCAAAGUAUUUAACGAGAUAUUGGACAGUAUGCCUACCUUGACUAACAGUACCACUUGGUCGGAGGCCCAACAGAUGUUAUUGGACAAUCCAAGAUUCACAGAGGACCCCGAUCUACAGAACAUGGACAAAGAAGAUGCCUUGGUAUGUUUCGAGGACCACAUCAGAAUGCUCGAACAGGAGAAUGACGACGAGAAAGAACGCGAACGCCGGAGACUUAAACGACAACAGCGUAAAAAUCGUGAAGGUUUUCUUGUUCUUCUCGAUGAGUUACACGAACAAGGACGUCUUAAUUCCAUGUCCCUCUGGAUGGACUUGUUUCACAUAAUAAGCAGUGAUAUAAGAUUUCAGCACAUGCUCGGACAGCCAGGAUCUACACCUCUGGACUUGUUCAAGUUUUAUGUUGAAGAUUUGAAGGCAAGGUUUCAUGAUGAGAAAAAGAUUGUCAAAGAAAUAUUGAGGGAUAGAGGGUUUAUGAUAGAAGUGAACACAACAUUUGAAGAGUUUUCAAACAUGAUAUCAGAUGACAAGAGGGCUAACACUCUAGAUACAGGCAACAUUAAACUGACAUAUAACAGUUUAAUUGAAAAAGCUGAAGCCAGGGAAAAAGAAAGAUUAAAAGAAGAGGCCAGAAAGUUGAGGAAAUUAGAGACAGCUUUUAAGAACAUGUUACAGGAGGCAACCCCAGCCAUAGAACAAGAUAAUAAAUGGGAAGAUAUUAGAACAAGGUUCGAGAAUGAGGCAGCAUUUGAGGCAAUCACGCUGGAGGCAGAACGUAUUAGAUUGUUUAAGGAGUUCCUAGUGGCCGUAGAGGAAGCAUGCAUGCACAGGCACCCAAAAAAGAGAAAAUCAAAGAAACAUAAAAGUAGAAGAUCCAGGUCAAGGUCACGUUCAGAGUUACCUGGGGAAACUCAUCUCGUAUCCAGAAGAGGAGGAAAACAGGUCAAAGGUACCAACUUCUUCCCCCUCACCAGGUAA